AUGUCUGGCCUUUACAUCGACUCCACCCCAUCCGAGGUCUCCCAGGCCGAUGGACUCCAUCUGUUGACCUUCAACACGCCCAAUGGCCAGAAAGUGCAGAUUGUACUCCACGAACUGGCCCUCCUCUACGGUACUAGAUUCACAUUCACCCCCAUCAAGCUUUUUGAAGGCACCCAAAAGCAAGACUGGUUCCUUCGCUUGAACCCCAAUGGCAAAAUCCCAACUCUGGUAGACAACACAGACAAUAGCCAUCCUGUUCCCGUCAUGGAAACAACAGCCGAAAUGCUAUACCUCGUCGAAAAGUACGACAGAGAUCACGAACUCAGCUUCUCAGACCCACUCGAGCGCGCGCAAAUGAUUCAAUGGCUGUUCUUCUGGCAUGGCUCCGGUCAACCGAUUCAAGGCCAAUUAAUCUGGUUCAGCAAAUUUUCAAAGGAAAAGAAUCCUCAAGCUAUCGAGCGUUUCCACAAUGAAAGUCUGCGUAUCUUUGGUGUGUUUGAACUUCAUCUCUCCGGCAAGAACAGUGAUGGAAAUGCUAGAGAGUAUUUGGCAGGCAACGGCAAGGGGAGAUACAGCAUUGCGGAUAUCGGAGUUUGGCCUUGGGUUGCGAAGUGGGAAUUCGGAGGCUUUACCAAGGAGGAGAUGGAUGCGUUCCCGAGUUUACAUGCUUGGGUUAACAGAAUCAAGGAUAGAGAGGCGGUCAAGGAGGGCACCGAUGACAAGUAUGGCAAGAUGUUCUAG